CAGGCAGUGAGAGCAGCUGGCUGCAUGAGCAAGAAAGAGUGUGUGUGCGUGUGAGAGUGUGAGAGAGAGAGAGAGAGAGAGAGGGAGUGAGAGAGAGAGAGAGAGAGAGGCAUAAAGGAUAAAGGCAGGCUGAGAGAGGGACAGCAAUGUGAACACAAGAAGAUAAACAAGCAAGAAAAAGGAAGCUCUGUCCACAUCUCCAAGAGUGGCGAGUAGAGUGGCCUGUAGCGGAUUGCAACACCCUGGCAAUGGCCCAGCCCCAGCCCCAGCCCUCCACUAUGUCUUGGAAGGAGGAGAUGCAGAAGAUUGCAGACCGGGUCCUCACUAAACUGCAAGGCCUUCCCGAGGCAGACCCCCUGGAGAUCGGAGCCUUCACCAUCCUGCUCAUCUUCAUCGCGACGGUUCUGAUCAUGUUCAUCCUGGCCUGCAUUCACUGCUGUUGCUGCUCUGGCCCCCAGCACAGAGUCUCCAGGGUCAAGCCCUUUCACCAACCCUGAGAGGGCCCCACCGUCCCAGCACAGCACCACCUGCUGGGCACCAGCCCCACGGUCAACACAGAACCAACAACCCAGUGCACUACUCCAUGGACAUCACAGACUGGUGACUAUUCACAGCAGGCUGUCAACAAGCUAAAUAACACACUGAAACUAGUACUGGACCACAGGAAGAGCAAGCUGCCAGGACUGGCAAUGUACAGCAAGAAAGCGAGGACUGAAUGCAGGGAAUUACAAUUGCAACAUUGGUGGUGGCACCGUAUGCUAUGCAAAAAUCCAUUAAGAGAAAUUAAAUAUCUAAGGGCAUAUAUAACUAACAAGCGUAACAUUCAUUUGUUGUAUACCGUAUUCCUAGGAAAGGCAACAAUAUACAAUGACAGGAGACAACCUCCUGGACAGAAAUUAGGUUGCCCUACAGUAUUAAACAAUUCCUCUUUGUUGGACCUUUCACCCUGACAAUGGCUCUCAGCUUCUAUAAACAUGACCAAUAACUUCCACUUGCCUUCGUUUUUGCUGCCACAUGGAUCCCACAGAGUAAUACAAAUGGAUAAAAAAUGUUUUAGUUGAUAAACACCAAUAAACUACAGGGAAAAACAAGACAUUACUAUGGCCUUUGAAAUGAAAAAUCCAUGAGUGCCUUCUACAGUUUGAAAUGUACACUUCUCUUUGGUCCUUAAUAAAUGAUUAAUUCUCUUAGACAAUAGGUCAAAACACAUUUAAAAAUUAAACAAUCUAGAUGCAGUUCUGUAUUGAAUGGCUUUCCUGACACAAAGAUAUAGUCUCAUGCAGGAUGCAAAAUUCAGGAGUGCCUUCUGGUGGUCACUUAUAUUAGAACAACCAGUGGAUUCAUAGUCACUAAAUCCCAUGCAACAUUAUUUAAAUGAAGUUGUUGUAUGAAAAUCCAAUCUCAAACAGUUAUACAUAAACACUUCAGCCUAUAUACUGUGCUGUGCAUUAUUAUCUGAGGCAGACUAUUGUCAGAGCACCACUGACGCAUCGUGGCACAUCGUGGAAGCACGACCCAAUCUAGAGCAAUUGACAUAUGGAACCUGUUAUUAGAAUUAUUAUUUUUUACAGUAAAUUUGUUAUAUUGUAUUCUUUUUAUUAUUACUGUAUUGGUACCAGCAUGAUAAAUAAAGCUUUGGUUUGCGCAAUGCAAACUUAAUACUGUACUGCAAGCAGCAUGAACUACUGUACCGUUACAUACAGUACACAACGUGUGUUUAAAAAUAUAUACAAUUACACAAAAUUAUAACAAGAUUACUUUUCCUUGUAAAGAUUUUUUUUUUUUAAACAUGUCUUGAUUGUUGUGUAUCUAUACGCACCUGAACCAAAUAAACUAUCUGAAAUGAA